AUGGAAAACAAGCUUGCCGUCGAUAGCGAAGCGAUUGGAUCGAGGCAGGAUCAGUUUAUGUAUGUCUUUUCGCGCCUCGAGAAGCUCGCAUGGAAGAACACCGGAACAUACGUGAAACACUCGCGAGACACUGCCGGUCCGGACGACCUACUCGCGUACCUCGAAGGCAUGUAUAGAGACCCGAACGCGCAAUCACGGGCCCCAUUCAACCGGUUCCUACCGAAGCUCGAGAAGGAAUUCGCAGACGCUGGAGCUAUCAACUGGCCAGACGAGGCUCGGCGGCAGAUCUUACUAGGCGCAUUGAAUGAAGAAAUGAGCGCGGCGCUGAUGAAUCGCGGUGUUCCCGCUACCUAUUCGGGGCUGGUUAGCCGCCUACACGAAAUCACCACCGACAUGGACGCUUUGAACCUAAGUAAGAAUAGAAACAAUAAAUCAUCCCGUCGCCGACAGAAGGACCCGGACCCGGAUGCAAUGGAUUGGACCCCUGCUAUUAGCGCUAACCGCGUUAACCAUCGAGAGAAUCGUUCCCGAAAAGGUGUCGAUAAGCGGGCGAAAUGGGCUAGUCAUGAAGAGAUGAUCCGACGUCGUGAGGAAGACCUUUACCUCCGUUGUGGAAGUGAUAACCAUCACAUUAUAGAAUGUUCCUAUCGACCCGCCGAACGCCCGAGCUCUAGCCGCGUCGCCGCCGGACAGACGAAGAAGGACCGAAAAGGUAUCGUUUCUACGGCGAAACGAAGUCGAGUAAAGAAAGCACACCCAGCGAUUAAGGAUAGCGAGAGUGAUUCUAUAGGAGACGAGACCGAAUCCCUUUCGGUCACUAGGAACGAGUCGGAAAACGAAUAG